AUGGGUGUGUCCACCAUUCAACCCUUAGAAUUGAUUCCAAAGGAACUCAUGAUGGAUAUCCUCUCACGCCUCCCUGUGAAAUCUCUAUUGCAAUUCAAGUUAGUGUCCAAAUCAUGGAACUCUCUCAUCUCUAACACUGACUUUGUAAAAGUGCAUCUUCGUCGUCGUCGAUCCAAUCCGCUUGUAAUAUUUUGCCCUCCAUAUUUCACACACGCGGAUAUCUCAUCUGUGGAGGUCAAUUCCUUCCUCAAAGCCCCUUUAACACCCAUCACCCAUGAAUGUCAAAACAUAAGUUCCAAUUGGAAUGAACCCUACUGGGUAAUAGGUUCAUGUGAUGGGUUGCUCUGCCUUAUUGGAACUCAUUGUUCUAUCGAACAAACUUUUUUUUGGGUUUGUUUCUGGAAUCCCAUUACGAGAUCAAUAUCUUUAAACUGGCAUGUUGACAAUCCCUAUAUCUAUGUCAAUUCUGGGUUUGGCUAUGAUCAGGUGAGUGACACUUACAAGGCUCUAUUCCUAUAUAGAAACGAGGAAGUGUUUAUUUUUAACAUGGGUAGCAGUAAUUGGAGACAUGUUGGAUGUUUCCCAUCCGACUUUACUUCGACUCUAAAAGGACGUGCCACAAUGGGAGUUCACAUCAAAGGAACUCUUAACUGGAUAGCCGUUCUCAAAAUUUAUGAGAAUAAUUUUGAUGGAACUGAGAAUGAAAUUAAGUGGGUCGACAACGGCUCGUGCGUGAUUCUUUCCUUUGAUUUGAAUAAGGAGGAGUUUGUGAGGUUGUUAUUGCCAGUUAUGCCCCACAAGUUCGGUGAUCUAGAUCUUGGGGUUUUGGAUGAAUGCCUUUGUGUUUCCAUGUUUGACAAGCAAUACAAUUUUAUGAUUUGGCAGAUGAAGAAGUUUGGAGUUGAAGAGUCUUGGACUAAAUUGUUCAGCAUUAAUUAUUGGAAAGAAAUAGAACCGCUUGGCUUGUGAUCUCCUCCCCUGGGCUUUCCUUUAUACAUGUUUGACAAUGGUGAUCUCCUCAUGGUGCCAGAAAUGUAUCUCUGCAACGUGAGAGAUAAAACAUUGAAACCUAUUAAAGAUGAACAUCUUGGGAAUACGUAUUUAUCCUGUGGCACGAUUUGCAUUGAAAGUUUGAUUUCACCAUGUUGAAAUUAAGCCUUGUUUGUUUUGUCUUUGUGAGAAAUUA